AUGUCUGCAGAAACACAUGACGUUGUUAUCGUUGGCGGCGGCGUCUCGGGUCUAGUAUUGGCCUAUCGUCUCUCCGAGGACCUUAAUAUGCAGGUUGUUGUUCUGGAAUGCGGCCAAGACUGUAGAGAAGACACAAAUACAUUGACCCCCGGCGCUUGGCCGUUGCUGACCAACUCUCCGUCCGACAGGACAUUCCAAACGGUGCCGCAAAAAGAAAUCACGAGACAGAUCACGGUCCGCCAAGGGAAGGCUCUCGGGAUAUCCAGUGCUAUCAACAGCUUUCUUUUCACGUCCACCUCGAAGACGACCGUCGACGAUCCUCUCCCUGGCGGCCUCGGUUGGCUAAACAUCACUCCUGGAAGCAUUGACCCAAGAACUAAGCAAAGAAGCUAUGCUGCCAAUGCGUACCUGGACCCAAUCAGAAGCAGGCCGAAUCUGACGGUUCGUCCUGAAACAACUGUGACCAAGGUACUUUUAGAGAAGCCUUCGGGAGGUGGUAAAGCCGUGGCAAAGGGUGUUGAGAUAAUCGCUCAUGAUGAUUCUCUCCAAACUGUUGAAGUCCGCAAGGAGGUCAUCAUUUCUGCCGGCGCAAUCAAUUCACCCCGGCUCCUUGAGCUUUCUGGAGUAGUCGGUUCUGAGCUGCUCCGGUGUUUAGGAGUCGAUGUUAUCGUGGAUAAUCCAUUUGUCGGCGAGAACCUUCAGAACCAUCUGUUUACGGGACUUGUCUUUGAAGUACAAGAUGUAGAUACUAUCGACGCCUUUUUCCGCCAACAGCCUGAUGCUGUCGGUGCUGCUCUACAAGACUUUGGUACCAAGGGAAUCGGUCCGCUAAGUACGAGUAAUAUGAUCACAAUGGCCCAGAUCCCUUUGCCUGAGGUUAACACUAAAGACGGGCGCAAGGAGCUCGACCAGAUGUUUAGCACCUUUGCAUAUCUUGCCGCGCAAAAGGAGUUUCUGCACCCCAUCUUGACUGAUUCCUCUGAGGCCCUGGGUAACUACGUCUUUGGUUUGGCCUAUGCACCAUUUGACGCCCCUGACCCGAGUUAUCGUGCACCAGGCAAAUAUGUAUCGGUAGCCAUCGAGCUAUUGCAUCCGCUCUCUCGCGGUUCAGUACACAUGACUAGCCCUGAUGGUGCCAAGUAUGCUAAAACAAGUUAA